AUGACCAAUGACGGAGCCAUUAAUCGCUUGCUAUAUGCAAUACUUAGUCAAAAAUGCCUCAAAGAUAUUGAUUGGAAUAAAGUGGCGCAUGAUCCUAUUCUUUCCCAAGAAAUUACCAACGGUCACGCUGCUCGAAUGCGCUACUCUCGAUUCAAGAAACAAAUGGACAAUGCAACAUUAUCGCCCGUUCAUACCAGGAAGAUUGCUACUCCUCGACGUUCUAGGAUCGAGAAGAAAAAAUCCACCAAACGAGAGCCCAAACUCAAAAAUCAGGAGAACAUUCACGAUAGCCCCAACCUUAAUCUUCACAUGAAAAACGAGUCUCAGAACGCUCAUACACCCCUCUACAUGAACACAAGUGACAUGGAGACGAACCAUAGCAGCUUGUUCCCCGCACUAGAAGUCACCAAGUGCGAGCCCGCCACACCCAUCACUCCCCAGUCAAAGAUGAAGACCGAGUCCGACUUCUAUAUCUCUUUCUCCACUCCAGAAGAUUCCAUGAGCAGCACGGGAAGUUUCAACAGCCGUAUAACUAACGCUUCAUUCUUUGGUACGCCUCUUCACGAACAAAUUGGAUACAAAGAGUCCUUUGGAGCCGCACAUCGAGAUGAGCAGGGAUACUGUUUUGAUCCUUGGGCCCAAAGCGUUAGUGGAUAUGAUACCACCAGCUUCCAGGACAGACACAGGGUACCCAAUAGUCCGGACUGCAGUCCAAUAGUAUGA